AUGGCAUGUUAGUAGUUCUUCUAUAUUCUAAUGUAAUCCCUACGAUUCCAACAAUAAAACUCAUUUUCCUCUCUGUUUCCCUUUCACGUCUCCGCCAUUCUCUCCCUCUCAAACCCUUUUCUUCUUUUCCACGGUAAUCUUCUCCCUCUUAUGUCCUUUUUCUUCUUCAUUUUCCAUCUAAACUUUCUAUUUAGAAUCUUUUGAUCGCCUUUGCUCUGCCAAGUUUAUUUACUUGCUCACUUCAUCUUCUGGGUAGACUUUCGAUUUUUAGGUUUAAAUUUGCAACUGGGUGUUGCUCCUCAUCUGGGAAUACGUCUGAAUUUUGCCAUCUUUCUUUCUUUUUUUUUUUUUUUGAAUUCUCUCUUCUUGUUAUCUGGGGUUGUUUACAAUCGAAGCAAAUUAUGUAGAAUUCCCUCCGUGUUGUACUGAUCGUUUCGAAAUGGUACUGGAUACCAAUUUUCAGAACUAUCUGUUUCUUGAUUGAUAUCCUUUUGCUGGGAUUAAUCAUACCCAUUUUUUUCUUCCAAUUCUUAUAAAUAUGCGGUUAAAGCUAUAAAGCAAAUCAGCUUCCUCAGCCUUAGCCCUUUUCGAGGUUCAUGAAGUGAAAGACCGUAUUUUGGACCAUUGAGGUUUGAUUUUUUAGCUCAUUUCUUUCAAAUAUUCCAAACAAUGCCAGGAAUGAACUGAAAUUGUUUUUUUUUCUCCACAACACACUCGUCCAAUAAGUUAGCUGCUUAUACGUGUGAUCAUAUCGUAUUCAUCUGUUCAUAAGGUUCUCUUUAGCUAGAAUUUGCUUUCGGAACUAUUACACUACGGACAUGAGGAAAAUGUUGUGCAAAAGGAUGGUCUUAAAUUUUUGAAAGGGGUAAAAAGAAUCAGUUCAGAACCAUUUAGAGUUUUCCCAUCUUUUUGUUCAAGUGCUUGCUAUGGAGCUCUGGAUGUGGACAUUUCAUUACAUGAGCUAGAAAGCCUAGUUUUGGCUAUCUGUCUGAACCAAGCUUUGACUAACAGUCGUGGAUAUUUGAGUAAUGGCUGCAGCAGAAGCAAAUCCACGAAAGCAUUUGGAAAACCACUUCACUGCCCAAGAUGAUGGUUACAGAGAUUCAAAAUUAUCAACUCCAUCGUUUUCCUUAAAUUCAGAACGUAAUGCUGCAUCUGAUCAUAGAGCACAUGGGUAUAAUUCUCCAUCUAAACCUGCUCAUAUCCCAACAUCUUAUCAGUUGAAGUCAGAUAAGCAACCCGAUUUUCAGCAUCAAAAGGGUUUUGCAGUAGGAUGGGCAAAAACUUUGCAUGCUGGAGUGGAUAAUUCAAGUGUCCGGAUUGUAAGUAAAGCAACUGUAUCUGUUGAAAGGCAUCAAAACAUAGAAGAACUUGAACAUCGAGUUUGCAAGAGUUAUGUUACCACUGAGGCUGUGAGCAACAAUGAAUCUGUAAACACGACUAAGAAAACAGACUGCAUUGAUGAGUUCCAUUACAUAGAAGAUCAUUUUGACAAUCAGAUCUCCGAGCAAGGAGAUAAGGUUUCUCUUGAUUUGGAGUCGCAUUGGAUUGGCAUUGAGAAGACUAAGCCAUGGUGGCGUUCUGCUAGUAAAGAUGAGUUGGCUUCCUUGGUUGCUAGGAAAUCACUUGAAAACGUGCAAAAUUGUGAUCUUCCUCAACCACGAACCAAACACCAGAGCAAAAAUGAACUAACCUGUUUUGAGUGUUUUGAUCAAGAUUGCUUUCUCAAUUCACCGUUUACUGAGAUGCAAUUAUCUAGUUUGAAUGGAUAUAACCGGGACAUACAUCCUUCAGGUGGCAUGGGUGUCGGUAGUAUAGGUCACUCGCUGCGUCAUCAAGAUCAUUUCAGCAUUAGCAGAACUGAUAAUGAAGAAAACAACUCGAGUAUUAUUUCAAAUCUGAAUUCUAGCAAAGCACAAUUGUUGGAAGCACUAUGCCAUUCACAAACUCGAGCAAGGGAGGCUGAGAAAGCGGCACAAGAAGCAGAUACAGAGAAGAAGCACAUUGUCUCACUCUUUCUCAGACAAGCCACCCAACUUUUUGCUUAUAAGCAGUGGUUCCAGUUACUGCAAUUACAGAACAUUUGCCUUCAACUUAGGAACAAAGAUCAACCAAUCACUGGUCUGUUCUCAGAUGCCUUGCCUUGGGACCCAUGUAAAGGCAAUCAGUUCAAUAAACCUAGAAACAGAAGGAAGAAAAGGGACCGAGACCAUCGUAAAUUUACAAUGUAUGACAUUGCUUUCGCCGUGGGAUUGAGUCUUGCUGGUGCCAGUUUGCUCCUCGGAUGGACUACAGGUUGGUUGGUUCCUCCUAUGUUUUGAGUUGGUGAACAUCUCAAACUAGCAGGUUCUCUGUGGUUCACUUUGGUAUUCCCUGGUCAAGGCAAGGAUAAUAUCAUCUUUUCACUUCUCAAAAUCAAACUUUUGUAAAUAUGUAGAGCCUUUGUAUGUGUUCAUACUUCACCAACACUUGGUAAAACUCUAAUUUGUAUACAAAAUACAUGUAAAAGUUAUGUUACAAAAUGGUGUUUAGGCAGGUUUUGCAUCUGAGUUAUUUGUCUCCUUCAAACCUCUCUUUUGUGUCUGAAAAGUUGAAUAUGUCCCAUCUUGUUCAAUGGAUAGAAUUUGUGCAGCUUCUAAUCAGGAGGCAGUAAUAAACUUAUUUCAGCUGUUUAGUCUUCUUUC